CUGUCGAUUCAGAGGGUUCUCUUUGGUUUUUCUCUUAACCUGAACUUCGUUUUUAUCUCUUCUCCUCAAGUUAGAGGUCUUUCAAGCAAAAUGCGAGUGGCAAUCGUCCUUGCCUUCGUUCUCGUGGCGACCAUCGCCCCUGCCACCUGCCAAGCACCAUGGUGGAGAGGGCAAGCCAUCAAGCGACUCGGCCAGGGGCAGCAGCAACAGUUCCGCCCCAAAAAUCAAUGGCUGCCGCCCCAAGAUCGCGAGGCUGCGCAGGAGAUGCGAGAGCGAAUGGCGGAGCAAGCAGAGCAAGAUGCCGAAGCCGCAGAAGAGUUGCGAGAACAAGAAGAAGAACGGGCACAAGAAUUGCAGGAGCAGCAGGCCGAAACUGCACAACAAAUGCAAGAGCAGCAGGCGGAAGGUGACCAGCAAGAUGCCUGGGCCGCACAGGGAAUGCAACAACAAGAUGCAGAAGCAGCACAGGAAAUGGCAGAACAGGAUGCAGAAGCAGCACAGGAAAUGGCAGAACAGGAUGCAGAAGCGGCUCAGGAAAUGGCAGAACGGGAUGCAGAAGAGGCUCAGGAAAUGGCCGAACAGGAUGCAGAAGCGGCUCAGGAAAUGGCAGAACAGGAAGCUGAGGCUGAAGAGGCUCAGGAAAUGGCAGAGCAGGAAGCUGAGGCUGCAGAAGAGUUGAAUGAACAACAAGCAGAAGAAGCGGAAGCUGAGGCUGAAGCAUUGGAGGAACUCCAGGAACAAGAAGCUGAAGCAGCUGAAGCAAGGGAGGAAAUGCAAGGUGAAGGAGCAGAGGGAGCAGGCCUAGGAGCAGGUGGAAGUGGAAGUGUUGGAACAUCAUUCAGUUUAGGAGGUAGCCAAUAUCCGCCUUCAAUGGGAGGCGGGUCAGCUGGUCCCUCAUUUUAUGAUCCAACAGGAGGUUUUGGUGGGUCAGGAGGGUCCGGAGGGUCCGGAGGGUCCGGAGGGUCUGUUGGCUAUGGGGGAUCUUCAUACAGGGGAAAUCAAGGAUCCACCGGAGGAUCAAACGGAGUACCCGGUGGAGCGAUUGGAGGAGCCGGUGGAGUACCCGGUGGAGCAAUUGGAGGAGCAGGUGGAGCAGGUGGAGCAGGUGGAGCAGGAGGAUCGCCAGGAGAUGUACCUGGAGGAGGAAACAUAGGAGUCAAUGGAGCGGCAACAGGAGGAGUACCAACUGGAGCAGCAAACGGAGCCGCCCCAAAUGGAGCAGCGAAUUCAGGAACCAAUGGUACCACCAAUGGGACAGCAAACGGAGCCGCCCCAAAUGGAGCAGCGAACUCAGCCACAAGUGGAGCCGCCCCAAACGGAACAGCAAACGGAACUACUGGAGCAGCAGGAUCGAAUGGCUUGAAUGGUAAUGGAGGGGUAGGUUCCCAGGGUGCAGCUGGAUCUUCGCAAGGCUCAACCAGCACAUGGACUGAAGGAAUAGGACAGAGCAUGGGAAGUUCUUUCGCUGGAUCAACUAAUCUCGGUGCCCCAAAUGAGCCCAAUAUUGCCUUUGCACCUGCUCCUCUCGCACAAGCUACAGAUGCUCCACUGACUCCGGCCGAAACAGCUGCGUUGGACAAAACGUACAUGGACAAACAUCUCUGUGGUGGAUUCAUGGGUGCUAACGGAAUAUCGGGAAAGAAAGAUCUCGCUGUGCUUGCUCUUGACUAUGCAGGAAUGAAACAAGCACUCGAUCCUUGCAAUGUACCGAAGAAUGGACAAACGACCGGACGUACUCCAGUAAACAUCGCGUUCCGCACGGGUAUGGAGACGCACGGUCAGGAUCCUGCCUCUUCUGUCCUUCGUGAUCUUCCAGGUAUGAUCCAACGAUAUCAAAAGGCCCCGCUAAAGGUUCAUCUCUUCUCUUGGUUUACGCCAUCCGAACAUGCUCUCCGUAGUCUCCUUACAAAGAAACGUCGAGGAGGUCUUGUAAACGCCGAGGUGGUCCUCGGAUACGUUGAGGAAAGCAAAAUGGCCCUCUUCAGCGCACUCCUGGGUGACACCACAUUCACCAAUCUCUUGGGUCAACUCCAGCAAGCCGGCAUCGGUGUAAACCGUGUUUGUGACACUUGCAGUCAGAUUGCCAACUUGACCAACUGGCAACGGAAGCGCCAAGGCCUGGUCAACGGAGUCGGUGUGUUCGACCAGCAAGCCGGACAGUGCGGACCCGUUGCUGAAGUUCCGGCCACCGACCAACUGGCCCUCAGCGCCCCACAGUGCCAGAGCUUCCAGGAAUCCAUGGGGUCUUGCAUAUUCGGCAAGCUGACUGCUGCAUGCCCCUGGCUUCGACACGCCCAAGCUGCCGGCGAACACCCACUGGCUGCUACCAUGCAAACAUGGUCCACCGAGUGCGGGAAGAACCUUGCCUGCUGGCAAGACAAGGGUGCUUACCUGAGUUUCCUGGCGCGCUCUGCAGCCAGCUGUCGCGUCUCACAAUACGGUGCUUCCGCAGCCAUUGGUCAAUGUGUUGGCGCAGGACAGAAUACACCUCUUGAUCCCGCUCCAGCACAGCCUUCUUUGUAGAGAAGUCCAUUGACCUGUCGCUUGAAGAAGAAAAAAAAAGGGGGAAACGAAAGAAAAAACUACCUAUACUAUAUUGAGUACACUGAACUAUUCCUAACCACGACAUAGGGAUACAUUUACUUGUGUGUACAUAGAAAAGAUUUUUUAUUUUGUUUAUAAUCAACAGUUGUUUCAUUUGCCUAUCUCUUAUCUUUCAUUGAUUCAUUUUCUUCCAUAAACAAAUGUCUGAUUAUCUGAAAGUUAAAUAGCGAGAAGAAUAUUUUACAAAAAAGACACGAGACUCAAACAGGCUUCUCUGCCAGGAAAUCGAUCAUUCCUUUCCACUCGAGUUUAUGCAUCACUAUCCCGUUUGGAGGGGAUUAAUGUGCUUCGUCUCUUGCGAGGUGCAUGUUUAUCUGUACGCUUCUCUCUAAUUGCAACGCCAUAUGUCAAUUGAAUUGUUUGCCUUCAAAAUUCUCAAAAGUAACGUAUAUUACUGUCUGUUAAACUAGUUCAUCAGGAUGGUAUAAAUGUAUAUUGUUGUUUCUGUUUAAUCUGACGAAAUCGUCCAAAAUGUAUAACAUUAUUUAGAGGAGUUGCCUCGAAUCCCAAAAAUAUUGUUAUUUGAUUUACCGAACUGUAUCAAACAAUAUAGUUUGUAUGGAAAUUUUCGAUAUUGAUUGUUCGACACAUGCUCAUGCGACUUCUCCGCGAUCAAUAUCGUACUCUAACUGAAUUCUUAACAUCUACCCUCAAUCAGACACUUUACCUAGCCCUAAGCCUAGACAUAUUCUAAAAUCAAUUGCAAUCCUUAGUCUUAGCCUAUGUAUUGGACGAGAUUUAGCUCAGAGCGACGAUUGUCGCAGGUGCAUACAUUGGAGCACCUCAAUACCACCUCUCAAUGGUAAAAUAAAAAAUUACUUUGCGCAGAUUUCGAACGAUUUCACCUCAUCAAUUAAAUGGUAUAUUGUUAUUAGAAAAUAAUGGAAAUACAUCAUUCUGAUGUUUUGUACUGUAUGUAAUAAAAAAAAUGUACAACGGAUAAUUAAAUAAAAGCAAAUUUAAUGGACAUUGCGUAUCUAUAAUUCUCUCGAAACCCUCUUUGGGCUUCAUGAUUGCUGAAGUGUUUUGCUUAUUUUAUAAUGUAUUUCAGCCCGUUGUCAAAAAAGACACCGUCUGCACUUGUCGAACUGAAAGUAUUAAAAACGCAAUGUUUUAUAGUGUAUUUUUUAAUUAAUGUGGUGUGCAUAUUAAAUGUAACUAAAAUUAACAUAGUAAGACAACAGAGACAAGGAAAGCAAGAGUAUAACGAAAUAAAUGUGAGGUAAAAUGAUACAAAUUCUCUGUUUACUUUUCAGUAUCAAAACAAAACUUGAAUGAGAGAA